CCCAAUAUUUUCUUGGAAUAAUUCAUUAAAGAAAAAUCCCCCUUAAAAAAAAAAAACAUGAAGACCGUCUUCGUUGCCUGUGCGGUUGUGUGUCUUUUCACACUGAGAAGCACAAACGCACAAUGCGCCUUACCAGCAGCACCCUUAUCCCUCCCAGCAACACCCGUUGGAUCUCCUCUCCCGUUGGCCUCCUUACUUCCUUUGCUCAGCAACCCAGCCGCUUUACCUUCAGUCCCCCCUACAGCCAUCGUUUGCCUUUUGACCACCCUCGCCAACAACCCAGCUCUCUUGCCCACCAUCCCUCCACCAGUGCUCAUUAAUUUGCUCACUUUAUUGGCGUCCAACCCGUCCUUGUUGGUCGCUAUCCCACCCAAUGUACUCAUCGCCGUCCUCGCCGAAUUAGCCGCCAACCCGGCAAUCGUCGCCUUAGUCCCACCCUCCAUCAUCCUCGGUCUCGUCAAGGCCAUCGCUACCGCAGCCCCAGCUCUGUUGCCACUCAUUCCCCAACCUGUUCUGUUGGCUCUCUUGGCCCCCGUGUUGCCAGCUCUUGGUCUGCCUUCAUCGUCUGCGCCAGUUGUCGCUAGCUUGUCCAUCCCCGCCGCACCAGCACCAAUCAUCGCUCCCGCCCCGGCUCCAGGCCCAAUCGUCGUCCAACUGCCAAAGAAAACCGUAUCCAGAACCCCAAUCGUCGUCCCAGGCGGACCAGCUCCCAACUUACUGCUUAAGCUGCAACAACAACCGUCUUGUGGCCCGACCAUCCUGCCAGCUUGUGCUCCAGGUCCGAUCAUCAUCAACGACAGCCAAAACUCACACAGCGGUACGAUCACCAACGCUCCAGCUCCACCACCAGCCAACAUCGUCGUGUCCCUGCCAACUCCAACGCCCAGCGCACCCAUAGUGUUGCCGCCCGCACCUUUGCCACAAAUCUUAUACAGCCCAGGCUCCAGCUCCAGCACCCCAGACAUAGUUUUACAAGCCCCAUCUGGUCUACCGAACUUGUUUGUCGCUCCAGCCGCCCCAGCUUGCCCACAGCCCUAUUACGCACCACCCCCAUGCCAACAAUUGCCUGCCUUGCUCGCCACUGUACCAAGUGUGCCUUCUUCCAUCUGCGGUUGUUAAGAACUGUUUCGGUCUAAAACCUUUUGACUACUUAUAUUUUGCAUAAUUCAAAAUAUUGUGUAGAACGUUUUACGACAAAUUGUUGCGGUUGUAAAAAGACUGUUCUGAUUGUUACCCUAUAUUAUUUCUAUUCUCAAUACAUUGCGGAUAUCAUUAAAUCAAAAGAAUUAUUAUUCUAUUGUAAUAUUGUUACUGCUAAAACUGUUUAAUCAUUUUCAAU